AUGCUUUUGGAAGACCAGCGCCAACUUCAUGAGGACUUGGAGCGCCUCGAGGACGCCGCUGCAGAGCGACUUCUCGAAGACCCCCCACACAUCCGCGACCGUCUCGCACGCGAUCACGAUAUUGCGCGCUUCCUCGAGCAAAUCGAAAGCCAGUCGAGUCGCCUCUUGAAGAUCUACCAAGAUGAGGACAACAAGAAGGAGGACGAGGUGCGCGGCCUCACCAUGGGCGACCCGAUGGAGUCUUUCAUGAAAGAGAUCGCAUCGAUUAAAGACUUCCACAACCGAUACCCCAACGAGCCCGUCGAGAACCUGGAGAAGGCUUACAAGAAACGCUCACCCGAAGAACACGUGCAAUCAAUCGCAGCCAUCGACUCCAUGUUUACCGGUGAAGAGGGAUUUGGUCGCUUCUUUGACCUGACCACGCUGCACGAGCAGUACUUGAACCUUCCCGUUCAGCAAAACGCGCGCCGCCUGACCUAUCUACAGUACCUUGAUCUGUUCGAUGUCUUCACCCCUCCACAAUGUAACAUUCGACGAGAGCAGAAGAAGUCAGAGGGCUACUUUCAUUACUUGAAAGCCCUGCAAGACUAUCUCGAGGGUUUCAUGCGGCGGACGAAGCCACUGGAGAACUUGGACAAGCUCUUCGCUAACUUUGAUAAGGAGUUCGAGGAAUUAUGGGAGAAAGAUGAGGUUCCGGGCUGGGAGAAGAAGACAUCGGCAUCUGCACCAGUCAAUGGCGAAGCACAGGGCGAGGGUAUCUGGUGCUCAGCUUGCAAGAAGGGAUUCUCGAAAGAGACCGUCUACGAAGCACAUCUGUCAGGCAAAAAGCACAAGAAAGCAGUACAGGAGAGUCAGAAUGGUGCGCAAGACGGCGAGAAGCAGACAAGCGGUGCCUCCACAGAUUUGCAACGCUUCAAGGAGCGUGCGGUUGCCGAACGGGAGUUCCGGAUACGAAAGCUCGCUGCAGCCAUGCAGACGGAGCGUGGCGACACCAAGGUCAACGUCGAGCGGAAGCAGGGUAUGACUGAGCGCGAGCGACAACAAGAGCUGGAGCAACUGUACUCCGAGAGACCUGAGAACGGUGGAAAGGAGGAGGACGAUGAAUCCGACAGCGAAGACAAGAUAUACAACCCGCUCAAAUUACCACUUGCCUGGGAUGGCAAGCCCAUCCCCUUCUGGCUUUACAAGCUCCACGGUCUCGGUGUAGAAUUCCCUUGCGAGAUUUGUGGAAACUUCGUAUACAUGGGUAGGCGUGCAUUCGACAAGCACUUCAACGAGCCCCGUCAUAUCCACGGUCUCAAGUGUCUCGGGAUCACCAACACUACCCUCUUCAGGGAAAUCACGAGCAUCAAGGAAGCCGAGGAGCUAUGGCGAAAGAUUCAGAAGGACCAGAAGAAGCAGAAGUUGCUUGCUGAGAACGUCGUCGAGAUGGAGGACAAUGAAGGCAACGUCAUGCCAGAGAAGGUCUACCGGGAUUUGGCUGCUGCAGGCAUGCUGUGA